UCCAGCAACCUUGCCUGCUGCUGGGUGGCAUGGCAGCCUGAUUGCAGCCCUCCAGGAUGGUAUCCAGGUGAUACUGGUCUAGAACUAGCUAGCGGUGGAUCUAGUUUUAUGCUGCCUUCCAGUUGUAUUCGGAACUGGGAAAUUUCUGACUUCCCAGACAGAAAAAUCAACCUCUGAAAUCUGAUUCUCACUGGGAGCAACACUGACUAUCCCCAGUUAAAACUUGUACAGCCGAUUUCCGUUUCGAUAUGGCCGCUUCUCCUUACAGCAGAACUACAGAAUUAGUGAAAAUGUAUUUACAUAGUACAUGUAAGAGUUUGUCUAAAAUCAACAUCACAUUUAGCGCUUGUGACUACAAAUAAAUUAGAAGUGGAGUUUGCUCACUGAACGUAAAACUUGAUGUUUGUGAGAACUAAUGCAAACGAGAUUUAUCGACGAAGCCAUCGGCUGCAGGAAAUACGGCUGCCAUCUUGGAGCGGUCGUUCUACCUACUUGGCUAAACUGCGGGAUAUUUUUGUUCAAAUCGACGGACUAUUGACGUGAGGACUCGGCUGAUAACUUUUCACAAGUCCAACAUGGCGGGACGGCUUGUCCUUCAAGGAGUUCUGGUUCUUUGUUUGGUGCAGGCGGCACACACAGGCGGAAAUGUACCUCAGAACGGCGGCAGGGCUGCAUCGUUCCUGAUCCCAUCGAAAGGUUAUGGAGCUGGGAUGAACAAAGGAGUUGGAAUAAAUGGAGGAAGAACUGCAGCCGCUAACGGAUAUGGAGCAAAAGCUGGACCAGCAAAUCUACAAAAAAUGAACGGUGGUUUUGGUGCUCCAGCUGGUGGAUAUGGCAGACAAGCAGCUAAAGGUAAUGGUGCUGCAGCUGCUUCACAAAGUGGAUUUGGAAAUAUAGGCAACGGGUAUGGAGUUAUAUCUGGACCAACCACUCUACAACAAAUCAAAGGCUACGGGGCUCCAGCUGGUCCAUAUUUAGGACCAGCAACCAAAGGCAACGGUUAUGGUGCUCAUGCUGCAGCGUAUGGUGGGCAAGGAGAUAAAGGCAAUGGUUACGGAGCUCAAGCCGGUGGAUAUGGAGGGCAAGGCAGUAAAGGCAAUGGUCAAAGACUUGCAGGUGGAGCGUCGAGUAGCAAUGAAGGAAAGCCAAAUGGUCAGGGACAUGGAGGGAACCGCCUGAAGGGAUAUGGCCGACCUCAUUAUAUUCCAGCUGUGGGAAUGGGACAGUUCAGAGGCCCCCGUCCUGUCAGAGACCAAGGGAAUGUGUAUGGUGGUAAUGGUUACAGAACUCAUCCAACUAAAGGUUUCAAUGGAGGUUAUGGUGGAGCGGGUUUGGGUCUGGGAUCUCUGUAUGGAAACGGCAUAAAGGGACCAAUGAAAGGUUACAGUGCUUCAGCUGGUGUAUCCAAUGGACAAGGUUCACAAUCCAGUGGAUAUGAAAAUACCAGAGGAGCUGCUUUAGGACCCCAAACAGGGUAUGCAAAUGGAGCAACUCCCAAUGGGUUUGGAUCCAACCAUGAAGGUUAUGGAUCUGUGAAAGGAUUUGGUCCUCAAAUUAAUGGCCGUGGAGCUGGACGUGUUGCUGCGCUGGGGGGUUACGAACACCAACCUGAGGGUUUUGGGUCGGUGACUGGAAGAGGAGCAGCUUCAUCGGGUGGAAACGGCCUGAAAGGCGGAGUCCUGCCGACUCGGCAACAGGCUGCUGCUUCCAGACCCACCGCUGGCGUUCACGACUACCUGGGGCCAAACGAGAAGCACCAGAACCUGGCUUCACCUGGGUCACAAGAUAAAACUUACAAACAGAACCAGCUGCACCUGGGCUCCGGUCCAGAAUCGGCUCCAGCUGUACACAGAUCCCCAGAGCCUCCGCACGGACUUGAACCGGCAACUUUGGGUCCAAAAGGAACCAAAUAUAAAACAGAACCAGGAGCGGUUCUUUCUCCAGAAAAUGGGAGAAUUCAAGGAGCCAAAGAGGCCAAACCUGACUGUGGAGCAUCCAGACAGUGGAUGAAGAGGCUAAAAUCCGGGAAUGCAGGCGGUGCUGAAGCAAACAAACCUGGAGGAUUCAACUUUCCAGGACUCAGUAACGGACAUGGAGCAGGUCUUGCGUAUCCCUACGGAGGAAGCAUUGCUCAGCCUGGUUACGGACAAGGCGUCUACCCUGCAGCUGGAUACGAAAACCUAUAUGGAGCUCUUGGUCAGAGUUUGCCUGCUGCUGAACAGUCGGGUGGAACCACUCGGGUUUCAUUUGGUGAAGCGCCUGCAGGAAUUGACGGAAUAAGUCAGUUGGAGGCUCAGCCUGCAGGCCGUCUUCCAAACGGUGCGCCUCCUGGUGGUCAGACGCUCGGACUGACUGCGGAGAAAUCGAACUCCAAAUACGGUGUUGGCGGGCUGCAGUUUGGGGAACCCGUCCAUCUGGGAACCAACGGGGCAGGAAACUACGGUUAUGGAGGUAACCUGCAGCUUCCUGCAGGCGACGGUAAAGCAGCUGGAAAAUACGGAUAUGGAGGCGUCCUAAACGGUGGGCAGCUUUUAGGCCUGGGCAACAAUGGAAAUGUACCAGAUUAUGGGACUCUUCCCUAUGAAGCUCAACCAGCUGGAUUUACUCCUGAAGCGAUUUCUGCCGGCCAACAUGGCCUCAUUGGAUCACCGUAUCAUCCUGCACCUUCUGGAUUUGGAUAUAACGGAAAAUCAGCUGCAAAAUAUGAGAAUGUGGGCUACUUAAAAGGACAAGUGAAGCCAGAAGCGGUUGCACUUCCCACUCCCAGUCUGUCCCUGGAGGACUCGCCAGACCUUGUAGGCUCCUUCACACCGGAUGAGGGUGUGAAGGAUUUAUCCGACGGCACGGCGGGUCUACUGGACUCUUCACCUGCGGCAGAGACGCGGGGCGAAGCUCACCUGUCUGAGAAUCCGGAUGACCUGCAGCUGCCGCGGCAGAUACAAAUUCAGCAGCAACUCAAGCUGCAUUUCCACCCUCAAGGAGGAAAGAAAUAUGACUUGAAUGGAUUCUUUGGGAACAGUGACCAUCAAGAUUGACUCAGCUGAGAAAACAUGUUCCCUAUUUAGUUGUUUUCAGUUUUGUGUCCUAUUUGUACAUUAUUUGCAUGAAUGUCGGCCAUUUUUAUGAAAUAUCAUCGUAUUAUCCAGUUGACUUAUGAAAUUGCCAAACUGCAAUAUUCAUUAGCCUCACAAUAAUGAAUUUAGAAAUCAAUUCAUCUUGAAUAAUUAGUGUUUCUGCUACAAUGUAAGGUUUUUGUCAGGCUUUUACAUGUAUGUUAAUAUCUUGUUUGUGAGAUAUUAAGAUUUACAUUGUUAUAUUUUGGAUAAACGCACCAGAAGGUGUGCAAAAUGCUAAAGCUAAAACAGUUGAAACAUGGGCUAUAUUAUAAUAUUGCAUAAUAUUGCCAUCUAACUGUUUUGGUUGUGUAAUUUUUUUAUUUUAAACCAGUUUUUAUUUUUUAUUUUGAUAAUUUUUGUAUCAGAAUCCCUCUUGAGUGAGUUACUAUGCUAACAUAUGAAGUGAACAACACAGAGACGCCUAAAUUAUUUGAAUUUAUUCAUCCAAAACUAAUUAGUAAAUACAAUUUAGUUAAAUUAUAAAAUAUAUUUAAUCAUAUUUUUAUCUGCACAAUUGAAGUAAAUUCUUGUCAGAGCAAAGAAUAAAAUCAUACACCAUUGUUCAGGGAAGGGAUGCAAACUGGUAGGAGGGGAACUGACCUGGAACCAGUUUUUAUUCUCUAUUUUAUUUUCUUCUUUGUUUGUAUGCAGAUGAAAUCUUCCACCAUUAUGUUCCGUUUCUGUUUUACUCUGUAUAUUUCCAGCAGCUCAUUUUGUUGCUUUAUUUGUACUGUUUCCCACUCAUGUUUAAUAAAGCUGUUAUUUUUAAAUCUUUCCUCUACAUGCUGCGGCAGUGAUUCAGUUUAAUGUAAGAA